CCCCUCAUAAUUGGAACAAUUAUAGAUAAAAAAAAAAGUGAAAAAGGAGAGCCAAUGACAAAUCAUAAUAAAAACUAAUCAAGAGAUAUUCUAAUAAAGAAUAAACUAGUGACCCUUUUAUGUCUCGUUAUUAUCGUGUCCAGGGUAUUCCGUAUUCCUUUUUACUCACUGGAGUCAGCCAGCCAGCCAGCCUUUAUUAAUUUGGUUUUGACAGAUGCACCAACCCCCUAGCUUUUCACCGUGGAUUGCGCCAUAUGUAUAGCCCUUUCAUUUAAUCCUCUGAUGGUACAAUAGUACCAUAUCAGCAAUUUUUAGGGUUUUUUUUUUUUACAGUAGGCUAAAUAGGUAAGUGAUUUUUAGCGAUAUGAAAUGGUUGAAUUACAGUUUCGAAAUAUUGAAGAUAACACAGUCAAGUUGGUCGGGAGUGUGGUAUUUCAGACCUGAGAUGUGUGGGGUCUCAAUUUCAAACCCUGCUACACCAUUUGGUGUUCCGGAAGGGACUGAAACUUCUAGCUUUUUGAGCAGGGAACUAAUGAUCUCUAUUCUACUAUUUUAUAGUACUUCCUCAAGGUUACACAUAUUAUUAAGUUUAAUACAAAAUUACGAGUAAGUUAUAGUAAGAUUGUUACAAUGUGUGCAUUAUUAACAAUGCAUCGUAUUUUUGGUUUUUUUUUUUUAAAUUAUACUCAUCGUUUUGUUGAUGUGAUGAAAACUAUCACUCAUUUAUCUCUAACAAAAAUUGAGAUUGUUAAGAUUGUUUUGAGAAGAUUGUUGGGUUUCUUUUUUGUUCCAAUUGUAUACCCCUAGUCAUAUAUAUAUAGUUCUAUUGUACAUCAGGCGAAACCUGAUGUAUGUCGUACACCAAUCAAUCUCCAACGUCUGCGUCCAUCUCAACGGCUAGCAUAAAUGAGGUAAUUUAUUUUUUAAUCCCGCAAACAAAGAACAUACAUUAAUACUAACCGUUAUGAUGGACGCGGAUAGUAUAAAUUGUCUGUCUAGUAUACGAUAAAAAUCACUAUAUAUAUAUAUAUAUAUAAAGAGUACAUUACAUCAUUUUCUUAGUUACAUGUAUAUUACAAUGUAUUGAUCACAAUUUAUAAUUUAAGUUUGACGAAAACCUUUAUAUAUCUCUGCCACUUACUUUAAUCAAUCAUAUGGCAUUAUUAACGAUGCAUGUGAUCCACGAGGGAGAGUGGGAGACUACAACUUAUGGUGGUGCCCAAUAUGGUCAAACGCCUAAAUAAAGAGGGUUGUUAUUUGUCGCCCAAAAUUUUACUAUUUGCCGCCCAUAAAAUUUGAAAAAAAAAUUCAGUUUUGCCCUUUUUAUUUUUCCAACAAAUUAUUUACCAAAACAGAAUCCCAAUCAACACAAAGAGGCGGAAGUUUUUUUUGCUAAAAGAAUUUUACGGCGAAAAAAACAGUUUCCGGCAACCAGAGGGAUGGUCUGACGGUGGAAGGCCUCUGAAGACGACGCCGAAGAUCGUACGCCUGCACUUGGUCCGAUGUCGGAGAUCGGGCGCCUGCACCUGGUCCAACGCCGUCACUGGUCCGAAUGCCGACAUCAGCUCUGGGAUCUCCGUCCGAAAGCUGACGUCGGACCGCGUCUGAACGCCGACGUCGGACCGCGUCCGAACGCCGACGUCGGACCGCGUCCGAACGCCGACGUCGGACCGCGCCCGAACUCCGACGUUGGACAACGCAUCUCAUUGGGACGAUUGAGAGAUGAUGAUGCCUGGAAAGCGGAUGAAGAUGGCGGAGGAAUCAUCACCGGAUGAAAAUAGAUGAAGGGGAACCGUCACCGGGAUUUGCGAGAUUUGCGAGAUGAAGGGGAAACCAUCACCGGGAUUUGUUAAUUGUCUAUUCCAUAAAAGAAAACACACGAGAAUUAAGGAGAUUGAAAUACAAUUAACAAUUCUUACCAAAAAAAAAAUACAAUUAACAAUAAAUGCCUCAAUUAAUCACCGGCGACCAGAUUUCCAGGCGACCCAAUAAAUGCCUCUAAAACUCUGGUGACCUCCAUGAGAGACGCGAGGUGUUGUUGUUAAUUAAUUUAGAAAGUUAAAUUAUCUAGGAUUGAAUCUAAUAAAAGGGCAAAAAUGUCAUUUUAUUUAAAAGUGUGGGCGGCAAAUAGUAAAUACUCGGGUGGCAAAUAUAGUUGACUAUUUGUCGUCCACACGAGAAAGUUGCUCCUUCAGUGUAGAUGGAUUCAUAUCUCUUUCACCUGUCGUCGUGUGAACAAAUGUGCCGAUUGGGUCGCUCGUAAUGCACGUUGUCUUUCUCUUCCGCCUGAUUGGAUCUCGGUCCUUUCUAUUGUGGCACCAUAGUUGUAAAUCCUUCCUCUUUCGGAAUUGAAUGAAUGAAAUCUUUAUUAAAAAAUAUAUAUAUAUAGUUGACUAAAUAAAGAGGUAGCUACUAGCCGACAAACAUUGGCUGUUAAGUGUUUCCAUCAUUUCCCUUUGGUCAGUAAAAAAGCAAAAAAGGAUCAAAGGAGAUCUUUUGUGAUUCAUACCCCACAUUACUAUCAGGUAUUAACUACCCUCAUGAUUUCACUUACCUUACAUUGACUAAAUUAUGAAGCAGCAGCUGGUAUAUGGUAUCAUAUAACAAAUCAUUUUUUUAGGGACAUAUAACAAAUCAUUUGAAUAUUCUUUUGCUUCGUGGAUUUGAAAAUGGAAGUUUUAGUAAAACUUGAGUUUUGUAAAACCAUGAAUAUAUGAAGGUAUUGGGUUCAUUAUAGACUUGUAAAAUACCAUUGUUUGUUUCAUUGAUUUAAUGAUAAAUUUGGUUAAUUAGAUUUGUGUGCAAAAAGUGAAAAUGACCUACAUUACCCUCAUUGAUAUGAGAUGAGAAAGAUAAAAGAGGGGUAGUUUGUUCAUAAAUGAUGGACUUUUAAAAUCCAUGAUCAAGUCUCACCUUAAGAGGUGAAAUUUUCACGUCCAUGGGAUCCAUGAAUUUGGACCCUUAAAGUCCAUGGGGCUCACGGAUUUGUUGCCAUCAAUACAUGAAGCAAACAAUAGACUUUGGACAAAGUCUAUGAUAGAUCCAAACUCAUCAAGCAAACAACCCAAAUUUGGGUAUUAACUAAACCCAAUUUAUCAGGGAUCAAAUCAAGUCUGGAUAAUAUUACUUUUGGUUCAUGCUCAUACUCAACUUAACUAUUUAGUACGUGUCUAUUAAUUACCUAAAAAAAAAUGAAUAUCCAACUCUAAUGUUGAUGUUUGCUUUUUUCUUUAUUCUAAAACAAACAUAAAUAUGGAAAUACCAAUAUUAAAGCUAUGAAUUGAUU